UCUUUGAAGGGACAUUUUCUCAGCCAAUCAAAAGCAAGGGUUAAUGAGCCUUCGAGAUGAUUUGGUUUUCAUACAUUCUUUUUUCUAAUUCCAUAAUCCUUAGAUAUGGUGGGAAAUAUACUUCAAAGUGAGUACUCCAGAUUUAAUUCAAAUGCCACCCAUUUAAGUAGCUCAGAAAACUGCCUGAUCUAGGGUUCUGGGGUGACAGUGUUUUAUAUAUGUUGCAAUCUUUCAGAGUUGGAUCAAAACAUCAAAAGCUUUUUAUUUCAUUAAAAUAUGUCUCGGGCUCUGUAUUUCUUCUCUUGUUGCAGGCUUUACAUCUAGGACACAGUUCACAGCUUCUUCUUCAGGGAAUGUUUAAUUUUCCCUCAUCCAAAGGCUUGUAUUUGCUACUUUGUCCUGUAUUUUAAUUACCAAGCUCCAGAGGAAGAGAGUGGUCGGAGCCAGGGCCCCGAGUUGUGGAAGUUUCUAUAUCCGGUAAACUGGCUCCAUUCCAGGGCAGAAUAAUUUAUCAACAAAUGAAACACCAGACACUUCCCACACGUCCUCUGAUUGCAUUAAAAAAAAAAUCACUCCCUUUCCCACCCAAAUUGAGUUUGCUUAGAGUAUGGAGCCAACAGGCGUUCUCUCUCUUCCUCCUCCUCAUUUUGUUGCAUGGCUGGUUUCUGUAGUCUAUUUGACUUCUUAUUAAUAGUAAGAUGUUCAUUCAUUAACUCUCUCAUGCCUACAAGCCAGAUACAGUUGCUCUCUCUGCCCCCUCGUUAUGCUGUCUUCAUAAAGUCAUGGCGUAGCAAGGAAAUGAGCUGGAAAACUGAUUUUGCUUCUGUAGCAUCAGAAAAGUUCAGAAGGACUGGGCUAGUUUUCGAAACCACAGCACACUUUGGUAAAGAGGGAAUGCACAACAGAACGGAUGGUGUCUGCACUGGUGCUUCAUUGCUUGGACCUGAGGCAGUGCCUGGACAUGGACCGUGCAGGUACCAGGGCAGAUAUAUGCUAGCAGAGCAGAGUAGAGGAUCAUCACUCCUCUCCAGCAUAUUCACAGGCCAGCUUCCAAGAAAGAAGCUGGGAGCUGGGCUGCAUGAAGUGCCGGAGCUCCUGUGUAGCUGGCAGUCCUCUCCCGAUGGGGUGGCUGGACGGGAGCAGCUCUUGGCUCAGCAAAGAAUGCACAGUAUGAUCAGCUCAGUGGAUGUGAAGUCAGAGGUUCCAGUGGGUCUGGAGCCCAUUUCGCCUUUAGACUUAAGGACAGACCUCAGGAUGAUGAUGCCUGUGGUGGACCCUGUUGUCCGUGAAAAGCAACUGCAGCAGGAGUUACUUCUUAUCCAGCAGCAGCAACAAAUCCAGAAGCAACUCCUGAUAGCAGAGUUUCAGAAACAACAUGAGAACUUGACCCGGCAACACCAGGCUCAGCUUCAGGAACACAUCAAGUUGCAACAGGAACUUCUAGCCAUAAAACAGCAACAAGAACUCCUAGAAAAGGAGCAGAAACUGGAGCAGCAGAGGCAAGAACAGGAAGUAGAGAGGCAUCGCAGAGAACAGCAGCUUCCUCCUCUCAGAGGCAAAGAUAGAGGACGAGAAAGGGCAGUGGCAAGUACAGAAGUAAAGCAGAAGCUUCAAGAAUUCCUGUUGAGUAAAUCAGCAACGAAAGACACUCCAACUAAUGGAAAAAAUCAUUCCGUGAGCCGCCAUCCCAAGCUCUGGGCUGCCCACCACACAUCAUUGGAUCAAAGCUCUCCGCCCCUAAGUGGAACAUCUCCAUCCUACAAAUACACAUUACCAGGAGCACAAGAUACCAAGGACGAUUUUCCCCUUCGAAAAACUGCCUCUGAGCCCAACUUGAAGGUGCGGUCCAGGUUAAAACAGAAAGUGGCAGAGAGGAGAAGCAGCCCCUUACUCAGGCGGAAGGAUGGAAAUGUUGUCACUUCAUUCAAGAAGCGAAUGUUUGAGGUGACAGAAUCCUCAGUCAGUAGCAGUUCUCCAGGGUCUGGCCCCAGUUCACCCAACAAUGGGCCAACUGGAAGUGUUACUGAAAAUGAGACUUCGGUUUUGCCCCCUACUCCUCAUGCAGAGCAGCUGGUUUCACAGCAACGCAUUCUAAUUCAUGACGAUUCCAUGAACCUGCUAAGUCUUUAUACCUCUCCUUCUUUGCCCAAUAUCACCUUGGGACUUCCAGCAGGACCAUCCCAGCUCAAUGCUUCGAAUUCGCUCAAAGAAAAGCAGAAGUGUGAGACACAGACGCUCAGGCAAGGUGUUCCUCUGCCUGGGCAGUAUGGGGGCAGCGUCCCGGCAUCUUCAAGCCAUCCUCACGUGGCUUUAGAGGGGAAGCCCAACAGCAGCCACCAGGCUCUCCUGCAGCAUUUAUUAUUGAAAGAACAAAUGCGGCAACAAAAGCUUCUUGUGACUGGUGGAGUUCCCUUACAUCCUCAGUCUCCCUUGGCAACGAAAGAGAGAAUUUCACCUGGUAUUAGAGGUACCCACAAACUUCCCCGUCACAGACCCCUGAAUCGAACCCAGUCGGCACCUUUGCCUCAGAGCACGUUGGCUCAGCUGGUCAUUCAGCAGCAACACCAGCAAUUCCUGGAGAAGCAGAAACAAUACCAGCAGCAGAUCCACAUGAACAAACUGCUUUCGAAAUCUAUUGAACAACUGAAGCAACCAGGCAGUCACCUGGAGGAAGCUGAGGAAGAGCUUCAGGGGGACCAGGCCAUGCAGGAAGACAGAGCGCCCUCUAGUGACAACAGCAGUAGGAGCGACAGCAGUGCUUGUGUGGAUGACACACUGGGACAAGUUGGGGCUGUGAAGGUCAAGGAAGAGCCAGUGGACAGUGAUGAAGAUGCUCAGAUCCAGGAAAUGGAAUCUGGGGAGCAGGCUGCUUUUAUGCAACAGCAGCCCUUCCCGGAGCCCCCGCACACACGUGCGCUCUCGGCGCGCCAGGCUCAGCUGGCUGUGGUUGGCAUGGAUGGAUUAGAGAAACAUCGCCUUCUCUCCAGGACUCAUUCUUCCCCUGCUGCCUCCAUUUUACCACACCCUGCAACGGACCGCCCCCUCCAGCCUGGCUCUGCAACUGGAAUUGCCUAUGACCCUCUGAUGCUGAAACACCAGUGCGUUUGUGGCAGUUCCACCACCCACCCUGAGCAUGCUGGACGAAUACAGAGCAUCUGGUCACGGCUGCAAGAAACUGGGCUGCUAAAUAAAUGUGAGAGGAUUCAAGGUCGAAAAGCCAGCUUGGAGGAAAUACAGCUUGUUCAUUCUGAACAUCACUCACUGUUGUAUGGCACCGGCCCCCUGGAUGGACAGAAGCUGGACCCCAGGAUACUCCUAGGUGAUGACUCUCAAAAGUUUUUUUCCUCCUUACCUUGUGGUGGACUUGGGGUGGACAGUGACACCAUUUGGAACGAGCUGCACUCGUCCGGUGCUGCACGCAUGGCUGUUGGCUGUGUCAUCGAGCUGGCUUCCAGAGUGGCCUCAGGAGAGCUGAAGAAUGGGUUUGCUGUUGUGAGGCCCCCAGGCCAUCACGCUGAAGAAUCUGCAGCCAUGGGGUUCUGCUUUUUUAAUUCAGUUGCAAUUACCGCCAAAUAUUUGAGAGACCAACUAAAUAUAAGCAAGAUAUUGAUUGUAGAUCUGGAUGUUCACCAUGGAAACGGUACACAGCAGGCCUUUUAUGCUGACCCCAGCAUCCUGUACAUUUCACUCCAUCGCUAUGAUGAAGGGAACUUUUUCCCUGGCAGUGGAGCCCCAAAUGAGGUUGGGACAGGCCUUGGAGAAGGCUACAAUAUAAAUAUUGCCUGGACAGGUGGCCUUGAUCCCCCCAUGGGAGAUGUUGAGUACCUUGAAGCAUUCAGGACUGUCCUGAUGCCUGUGGCCAAAGAGUUUGAUCCAGAUAUGGUCCUGGUUUCCGCUGGAUUUGAUGCAUUAGAAGGCCACACCCCUCCUCUGGGGGGGUACAAGGUGACAGCAAAGUGCUUUGGUCAUUUGACGGAGCAACUGAUGACACUGGCUGAUGGACGUGUGGUGUUGGCUCUGGAAGGAGGACACGAUCUCACGGCCAUCUGUGAUGCGUCGGAAGCCUGUGUAAAUGCCCUUCUAGGAAAUGAGCUGGAGCCACUUGCUGAAGAUAUUCUCCAUCAAACCCCGAACAUGAAUGCUGUUACUUCUUUACAGAAGAUCAUUGAGAUUCAGAGCAAGUACUGGAAGUCGGUAAGGAUGGUUGCUGUGCCAAGGGGUUGUGCUCUGCCUGGCGCUCAGUUGCAAGAAGAGACAGAGACCGUUUCUGCUCUGGCCUCCCUGACGGUGGAUGUGGAACAGCCCUUUGCUCAGGAAGACAGCAGAACUGCUGGUGAGCCCAUGGAAGAGGAGCCAGCCUUGUGAAGUGCCAAGUCUCCCCCAAUAUUUCCUGUGUGUGACAUCAUUGUGUAUGCCCCCACCCCAGCACCCUCAGACAUGUCUUGUCUGCUGCCUGGGUGGCACAGAUUCGAUAGAACAUAAACACUGGGCACAAAAUUCUGAACAGCAGCUUCACUUGUUCUUUGGAUGGACUUGAAAGGGCAUUAAAGAUUCCUGAAACGUAAC